AUGCCGGAGCUCCGGCAAGUGCAUGCCCAUUUGAUCAAAUCCAAUCUCAUCUCCUCCUUCUCCGCCCUGUCCGCUAAGCCCCUCGCAUUCCACUCCAUCGUUCGAUCACUCUCCUCUCAGUCCGAGAAGCAGCACCUCUCUCUUGUUCUCUACUCCAAAAUCCUCUCCUUUUUGGAUGAUCUCCGUGGUAUUGAGUUAUUGCUCCCUUCUGUUCUGAAGGUGUGUGGUAUUUUGUUGGCUUUUGAUGAAGGUCUGCAAAUUCAUGGCCAGAUUUUGAAAGGUUGUUUGCAAGAUGACCCGUUUGUGGCCAAUUCUCUUCUCAGGAUGUACUUGGAUUGGGGUCAGCUGGAACUCGCCGGACAAGUGCUUGAUAAAAUGCCAAACAGAGAUGUAAUAUCUUGGAGUUCAAUGAUUUCAGGCUGUGUGAAGGUGGGGGAUAUCAAUCUUGCUCGAAAGCUAUUCGAUGAAAUGCCUGAUAAGGAUAGAUGUUGA